UGGCAGGAAUUGAUAGAGGAGUUAGGUAUAUAUAUAGUAGGUUUCGACAGAGCUGGAUAUGGUGAAAGUGAUACCAAUCCCAGUCGUUCACUGAGGAGCGAGGCGUCAGAUAUCGCGGAGCUGGCAGAUGCUUUGGAGCUGGGCCCCAGGUUUUACCUGAUUGGGUUCUCCUUGGGUGGCCAUGCUGUCUGGGCGUCCAUUAAGUACAUUUCAGAUAGGAUUGCUGGAGCUGCUAUGAUGGCACCAGUAAUAAACUACAGAUGGCCUGGGUUCCCGCGGCAUCUAUCAGAGGAGGCUUACAGAAAGCAACAGCCUGGAGAUCAGUGGGCAUUGCGAGUUGCAUAUUAUGCCCCCUGGUUGCUGCAUUGGUGGAUGAAACAGUCGUGGUUGCCUUCCUCCACCGUUUUCAAAGGCAUAACCCAUCUGCCCAACCGCUUGGAUGCACAAGUUCGUGAGUACGCCAUGAAGAAUAGUGGAAUGUUCGAAGAGUUGGUGCUACCCCAGUGUCCUUUUUUUUAUUUUUUAUUUUGACCCAUUUCAACUGUCCAAGGAGCUUUGUAGUAUGACGCUGCAAGAACUGAAGAAUGCAAGCGUCACUGUGCUUGCAGAGGCGGAAACUUGCCACUCAGCAAGGCAUGCUUGAGUCGUUUUACCGAGACAUGAUGGUGAUGUUCGGGAAGUGGGAAUUUGAUCCGAUGGAUCUCUCGCAACCGCCCUUUCCAGUUCAUCUAUGGCAUGGGGAUGAAGACGGGCUCGUGCCGGUUACUCUACAGCGAUACAUCUGCAGCCGCCUCAGCUGGAUCAACUACCAUGAGCUGAAGGAAACAGGGCACUACUUGGGAGGUGUGCAGAGCUUGGUUGAUGUUGUCCUCAAGACCUUGCUAGUGGUGUCGGUUUCAGCAUGACCACAUAUUUAUCAGUUUGGAAAAAGAAGCACCCACAGGAAGCGGAAUGCGUAAUUCAUACAUGGGAGGGAUAAUAAUUAGAUCGCACAUGCCCUAUUUUAACAAUGCAUCCAUUACUUAUGCGAGAUCACCCACCAUAUACACAUUGUUAGAGAGAGAGAGAGAGAGAGAGAGAGAUAUAUAUAU